AUGGCAGCUUCCGGCAGCACCGCAGAGAUGUCUGCUUCUAUCUCAGGAAUUUUGGAGGAAAAACACUGCCCUGGACAUCUGCAGAUCCUUAAAACGUUUACAACUGCUCUGCGGGAGAAGGAGUUCAGGGAUGCUGUGGACGAGACCGUCCUCUCUCCUCUCCUCCGUGUACUGACCCGGCUCCGUGAUGAGCUCCAGGCGGCUGCGGUUACAGCUGAAGGGCAGGACGUAACACUAGAGCUGCAGAUGACUGCGGAGUGCUUCAGGGCCCAAAGAAACGCUUGUGUCCAGAGCACAGGUAACCAGUGUCUGCUCAGGGAUCUUGGCUUCAUAGAUGCUACCCUGGAUCUUCUCAAGUGUCUUCAAACCAAAGAAAGCCUGGAUUGUGUAUAUGAGCCUCUACGUUGUGGAAUUCAGUUUAUUGGUAAUGUUGCUGUGGGAAACCAGAUGUGUAAAGAUUACAUUUGGCAGCUCUGUGUCCCAGACCAUCUCCUGCAACUCCUCUCUUUAGAUGAUGAAAAAUCUGUGACCUAUGCCUCAAUGGUCCUUCAUACUUGUUUAGAUGAAGCUAAAGUGGACACAUUGGCUCUACCUCAGAAUAUUACUCUGGCUCUGAAGGUCAUGGAGCUCUGCAGGACACAGCCAGACAUCGACUGGACGGUCCUUAUUGCCACCCAGCAUUUCCUCCAGUGUGCAGCUUUGGUUGAGGGCAUGUACACAAGGAUGAAGGAUGACAGAGUGACUCUCCUUGAACUUCUGCUAGCUCAGUUGAGAGAGGAGGACUCGGAGUGUGGCGUUCCUCCAGCUGUGGGCUCUUUCCUGGCCUCUUCUUUUCAAAGCGGCUGCAGCACAGUUCUGACUCUGGCCACAGGUUCUGUGUCCAGCACUGAGGUCCUGCAGGAGGCGCUGACAGUGAUUAGCUUGUUGGAUGUCCUAUGUGAGAUGUCCUCUGAUCAUAGAGAGUUCAUGUUUUUACAAGACCACCCAGACCUCCUCGCUAAUACAACAGAUCUCCUGGCACAGGUGCACACCAUAGGGAAGUCUAGUAAGAAUAUUUUCAGUGCGUCUCAAAACUUCUCCGCCUUCAGUGGAGACGCAGGUUCCUCUCAUAACUCUCCAGUCGUCAGCUUCAAAGCCCACCUCAUCAGGCUGAUCGGGAAUCUUUGCCACAAUAACAAACUCAACCAGGACAAGGUGAGAGAACUUGACGGAAUCCCUCUCAUCUUGGACAACUGCAACAUAGACAGCAAUAACCCUUUCAUCAACCAAUGGGCUAUUUUUGCAAUCCGAAACCUUCUGGAGAACAACCAGGUGAAUCAGACGGUGGUGGCGUCACUGGAGCAGCGUGGUGCAGCGGACUACUCUGCUCUGAGGGAGCUGGGCUUUGAGGUGGAGCAGAGGGACGGAGGUCUGCUGCUCAAAACUGUGCGGAAAGACACAUGA